AUGGAUAAUACAACGGGUUUACUACCAACUGAAGAAGCAAUAUUAAAACGAUUAUCAGCAUAUCCGAGUGUUGAAGGUAUUAUUUUAACAAAUGAAGAAGGUCAACUUGAUUUUACAUCACUUGAUAAUAAUGUAACGUUUAUGAUUACUCCGAAGUUACUUGCGUUUGCUGAAAUGGCUCGAUCAGCCAUACGGGAUCUUUGUCCAACAGAUAAUUUAAUAUCGCUUCGUCUUCGAACACGACAAAAAGAAAUCAUGGUUGUUGCACCUAAAGAUGGUAUUCGAGUAAUCGCGAUACAAAAAAUUGCUACACCCACACAGACAACACAACCUGAAAAAGAAUUUAAUGACAGUUUUUAA